CGUUUUAUCCUUUCAAACUCGUCCGAGUGGUCUCCCUCCUCUCCAACUGAUCUCGCUCCCAAAAUACACAGCAAAACUGUCAGAAAAAUGGACUUGAAGACGGAGGAGCAGAGCACGAAAAGGAAGAGGCAGAAGCAGAAGCCCGGAAGCUUCUGGACAUGGGCGGCGGCAUCAGUGCUAUUCAGGCUCGUUCUCAUCUACUACCCAAAAAUCUCAACCUUUCCUCUCGCCCCGAAGUCUCCACUCCUCUCACCAGCCUCCGCCGCCUUGCUGAGGGUUACUGGUUGAAGCAAUCAUCAAUGUCUCCCUAUGCAGGAUCUAUGUACCAUGGAUCUCCUUUGUUGCUCUCACUUCUCGGGCCACUCACAGUCAAGCGAUUUGAAGGGCAACCUAAUCAUCUUCUCUGCAGUUUGGUUUAUGUGGUUGCAGAUGUAUUGAAUGCAAUGCUUAUUCGUGCUACUGGUCAGACUCUUCAGGUUGCAUACCGGCAGAGUUUGAAGUCACUAGAUCUUGAUACGACAUUAGAAAGCAUUGAGGUGCUCCCUUCUGGGGAUAUUGCUGCUCUUGUGUAUCUAUGGAAUCCUUUCACAAUAGUUGCAUGUGUGGGUUUGUCAACAUCUCCAAUUGAGAAUUUUGCGAUCAUACUGGCCUUGUAUGGAGCAUGUAAAAGACUGGUUCCCUUGGCUGCUUUUGGGUGGGUUAUAGCAACACAUCUGUCUCUUUAUCCUAUGAUUCUCCUAAUUCCAAUGAUUCUUUUAUUAGGAUAUGGUCCAGAUACUCCUAGGAAACUGUUGCUACUGAGGAGAUAUGGUGAAGUUGAAGAUAACUCCUCAAGUGAUAGUUGUCAACAACAGGAGAAAGUUAUUAAUCAAUCAGAGCUACCCCCUGUUUUCUCUUGGAGACCUGUCGGACUUUUCUUAUUGUGGGCUAUUAUGUGGUCAGCCUACGUGUUAUUUCUCUGUGGCGUAUCUGCUAAACAGUAUGGCGAUCUCUGGGAGAUGUUUGAAAGAAUGUAUGGUUUCAUUCUCACUGUGCAAGAUUUGUCUCCAAAUAUAGGUGUCUUAUGGUAUUUCUUUGCAGAGGUCUUCGAUUUUUUCAGAAAUUUCUUCCUGAUAGUUUUCCAAAUGAAUAUUCUCUUUUUGAUAUUUCCAUUGGCCAUACGACUGAAGCAUCGUCCGUGCUUUCUUGCUUUUGUCUACAUCACCAUCUCCUCAAUGCUUAAGUCUUAUCCUUCUGUUGGGGAUUCAGCUCUGUACUUUGGUUUGUUGGGCUGGUUUGUUAAUGAACUGUCAGAAAUGCGAUUCUCUUUCUGCCUCUUCAGUGUUUAUGUUGGCAUUUCCCUCCUUAGCCCUGUGAUGCACAACCUAUGGAUAUGGAGGGGCACUGGCAAUGCAAAUUUCUACUUUGCUACUGCAAUUACUUAUGCUUGUUUGCAGAUUGUUUUGGUGAUUGAGAGUGUAAGUGCAAUGCUCAAUCAUGACAGGAAGCUAAGAAAGUUGUUGAACACAAAGAUUCAUGUUGACAAAUCUUAAUUACUUCCUACAAAUGAAGAUUGUCUCUGAUCAUUCUUCUCAGUAUCCUUGCAGCACCAAGAAUAGAAGUGGUUUAACAACAGUGGUUCUUCUUUCUUGCGUGCAAUAAAUAAUUCAAGGCUGUGUUUAUAACGGGUAAGAAGGUCAUUACCAGUUUUUGAACACAUUUUCUUCACGAUCUAUGUAGGGUUUUAAUUAACGGUGGGGGGUUUGUGUUCACAUAGAGGAUUUGUACGACGUGAUACAGUAUUUCACAUGUUUUUUUAUUCUUCCCGAUGCGUAUGAGUACACAAACAGAGAUUAUUUUCAACAUAUUAUAGAUUUCCCCUCCAAUGAGUUUAAGACAACUUUCGGUAAAUGAGAAAGUAUUGUCUUCGAAUCUUUCUUUCAUUUGUACUUCAGUUUCAAAUUUUACAAAAUUGGUUAUAGUAGUAA